AGAAUUCCCCGCUCAGCCCGUUUACUUGUCGCAAUUCAACGCGCUCACGAUCCCGCUACUCACCAUGCGUCUCUCUGAAAUGCAGGACAUUAUCGCCCUAUAACCCGUCGCUCCCGCCCGACAGUUCCAUCCCGAGUGACAUCAACUCCGGACCCAUUCCGUCAUCUUGAUACGCGGGUGGAACAAGUUUCCAACGCGCCACAUCCCCACACUCUCCGUCGCGACGUUUUCAAAACCAAACGCCUAGUUCUUCAGCUUCAACGAGUACGACGGAAUCAUGACUGACUAUCCAUCCACUCCCCCGUCCAAGUCGCCAGGACCGGCUUCUCUACCUAGAUCCUUAAGUCACUCGCGCAUCGCUAGCUCCAAGCUCUUCCUUCCUCUCAACGACUCCACCGCGAUAUCCACGCGUGGCCAGCAUCUACCGUCAUUAUUCACGCGUCGUCCUUCGACUAUUCGCAGCAGCUAUGAACCUCGAGGAAGCAUCACCGAUGACGAGGAAGACACAGACAGUGUCCGACAUGGGCUCUCCAUGCCAUACGAUAAAGAUCUAGAACGACGCAGCAGCAGCACCGACGUACAUGUAUUGAACACGCCGCACAUGCGAAGCGCGCGUCUGAUCGGAAACACGAACCCCAGAUACAAGUGGGAACAAUACUACAAGACAGAUGAACAACUCAAGGGCAUGAAGAAGCCGAUACGAGAGUACUACGAGCGCAAUAAUCAACUUAUACAGCAUUAUGUUUACAUCGAUCGCCUACUCGACUCGUCUCUCCCACACGAUCUGCUCCAAGAGUACACCAAUCUCGAAUCUGGCGCUGUCAAAAUUCCAUCUACAAUCGCCGAGGAAUCCUCAGCAAACAACACUCCCAGAGCUGUGACCCCUAAUACUAGCAGUGAAAAUAGAAACGCUCAUCUGUCAUAUCAGCCAUCGGAUGGCAACGGUAUAAGCGGCACAAAUCGCAUGAAUGGAGCCAACGGUUCCAACGGUGUCGCAACAGCCAAAGUCAAACGUACACCCAAGAACCUGUACAAAGUCCCUGAAACUGACGAGCACACACCGUUGCUCCGGCAGGAUGAUGAUGCUGUUCACGAUGAUCCAGAAGCAGCCAACGCUACCAAUUCGAAACUGAUGGAAUGGGUGCCAGAAGAAGACGAGGAUACCGAGAGCCCAGUCGUCAAAGUGGCAAUCUACAUCAACCUCGCUGCCAAUACCGCACUCCUGAUAAUGAAAGUUAUAGUCGCCGUCAUGACUUCAUCACUCUCCGUCGUCGCUAGUUUAGUCGAUGCAGCCCUAGAUUUCCUCAGUACGGCCAUCGUGUGGUUCACAUCCUGGAUGAUUGCCCGACAAGAUCGCUACGCGUACCCAGUCGGCCGGCGACGUCUCGAACCUAUCGGUGUGCUCGUAUUUAGUGUUAUUAUGAUCACAUCCUUCUUCCAGGUUGGCAUUGAGGGUAUCUCGCGCUUAUCUGGCACGGAUCACACCAUCGUCCAACUUACUAUCCCCGCCAUCGCCAUCCUGGCAUCUACAGUCGUCAUCAAGGGCAUUUGCUGGCUCUGGUGUCGCCUUAUCCGGAAUUCGUCCGUGCAGGCUUUGGCUCAGGACGCAAGCACUGACAUGGUAUUCAAUACGUUUUCUAUCUUCUUCCCGUUAGUUGGCUACUUUGCAAAGAUUUGGUGGCUUGACUCGCUGGGUGGUAUCUUGCUGUCGGCCUAUGUGAUACUCAAUUGGAGUCGCACGUCUGCGGAGCAUAUUCGUAAUUUGACGGGUGCCAGUGCUACAGCUGACGAGCGAAAUAUUCUCCUUUACUUGACUAUGCGGUUCGCGAAGUCCAUUAAGAGGAUCCAGGGGCUGCAGGCGUAUCAUGCUGGUGACAAGCUGAACGUUGAAGUGGACAUCGUUGUCGAUGAGCAUAUUGCUCUUAGAGAUAGCCAUGAUCUUGGAGAGAGUCUGCAGUAUGUACUUGAGAGCGUACCAACUGUGGACCGCGCUUUCGUGCACAUUGAUUACACCGAUUAUAACCUGCCUACGCACAUGUCACAGCAAGAGUAGAAAGAUACCAUCUAGAGAGACGUUUUUUUGUCAGGCGUUAACAUAGUAUAUAUCCAGUUGACUGCCAGCUUCUUCGCAACAUAGCAGACAUGGUCCUAGAGCCUGGGGAGAAACAUAAUGUACACAUAACUCCUCG